CCCCGCCCCGCCGCGAGUACGCAGGCGCGGCCAGCAGAGGCCGGAACCGAACGCUGGGGCCAGUGGAGCAGGGCCGGACUGGUUGGGGGAACGGACUGCUGUCCACUUCCGGUGCUGUGGAGUUGGCGCACGUGCUGCCCCUGCCCGGUCUUAUUUUCCCCGCCGGUGGGCUCGCCAUGCCAAAAGCACCAAAGGGCAAAGGUGGAGGGCAAGAGAAAAAAGUCAUCCAUCCUUAUAGCAGAAAGGCUGCUCAGCUUACAAGGAAGGCCCACAAACAGGAGAAAAAAGAAAAGUUGAAAAAUGAGAAAGCUUUGCGUCUGAGUACUGUAGGAGAAAAAUUGCAGUGGUUUCAAAGUCACCUUGACCCUAGUAAAGCAGACUACACAAAGAAAGAAGCCUGUGAACUAAUUGAAAAUUACUUGAAUCGAUUCAGUGAUGAACUGGAGCAGAUUGAGUUGCAUAACAGCAUUAAAGGCAGACAAGGGAGACAGCAUGGUUCCCGGGAGAUGAUCAUCAAACAGACCGUGGAACGUGAAAGACAACUGUAUGAAGGAUAUGGGAUAGAAAUCCCUGACUUUGUGAACAGCAAGCAUCUUAAAGUUUUCAGAGAAUGGAAUGGUGAUCUGAAGAAACUGCCAAACAUUAAAAUGAAAAAGCUGUCUGCCAAAGAUGCCAUGUGCAAUAGGACUGACGAGGCAGAUGUGGAACCCAAAGAGGAACUAGAUGAAGCAACAGACCUUGGCUAAUGAUCACCCACUGAUUCUGGAUAUGAAACAUCUGAAGGAGAGACUGUCAGGACCUUUCUGUAAAUAUCACUACAAGCAAAAAUAAAGCUAGGAUUUUACUUGAGAA